CUGUCGACAUGUCCACCAGCCUAUCCGAAUUCUACCAAUCCUCACUGUGUUUCUGGAGCCAUCUGAUUCACCUACUGCUGCAGUUCAUCCAGAUCAACUACUGGCACCACACAGCCACGAGCCAGAAGGAGGAGCAAGUCAAGGAGUCCAGCUUAAUCUCGAGGACCAUGGACGCCUUUGUGGAGGAGCAACAAAAGCGGGUGCAACAGAAGGCCCAGGAGUACGCCAAAGUGGAGCUACUGCAUCGGCUGCUCGUCCAGCAGCAACUGCAGGAAUUGGAACAGCGCAGACUCAUUCGAUUGGCUCUGGCUCGAAGGCGUCUGGACUACUCGAAUUAGCCAGACAGCCCAUAUCACAAUUAGCUCAUAAUUUAUUUAGAUUAACGCUUAGAUUAUGCUUAAGUAUUUGCAAUUUUUAAGUGGACACAUAAUAGGGGGCCAACAAGGCAAAUAAAAAAUGUAGAGAGUGCGGAAAUUAAAGACACGUGUUUGCAUUUCUUCUUGGACGAUCAACAUUCGCCUCUUCGAUCGAUCAUUAUUUAUUUUUCCCCCACUCGCAGCGACGCUUUCACUUUCCGCUUUCAAAGUCAGCGUUUUUCACCCGAUUAUUUAUUCAGUUGGAAUGAAACAGAGAUU